AUGAGUGGAACAGAUGAAGGUAGCAGCAUAGAUGGUUUUGAGGAUCAAGAAAGUGGUAGCAAGCCCUCUUUGAAUAUGAGUUUGUCAGACAGACUCAAAUAAUAGGCUUUGGAUGUUCAUAAGAUGUUACAACAACUAGAAAAGGAGUUCGCAUAAGAGGAUUGCCAAACAUAUUAUAUUUUGAGCACGAAUUGGUUGGAUAAAUGGAAGCAGUAUGUUUCUUAUGAUCAGGUUAUAAAUAAUUCAAAUGUCCCAAACUCUACGGGAUAGAUAAUUCCUCAAAAUUUCAAUCAUGAUCUGUUUGAACAAUAUCCCAAUGAAUGCUUCAAAUAUUAUCCUCUGAGUACCAAUCCUUGGAAUUAAUGGUUGAGACCAAAUCUAGAAGAGGGCACACAUUACAUUGUAAUUUCGCAAUAACUUUCGUCUUAUUUCAAUCAAUAUUACAGAGGCACUAAUAUUGUCAGAAAUGCCACAGGUAAGGGGUAAGAAAAGAAGGUUGUUAUUAAUUUGUUGAAGUUUUAUGCAGUUCUUAUGAUUCCCAACACUGUCAAUCAAAUCGCUUAAGACAAUCUGACACAAUUGGAUAAGGAGUAUUUACAAGUUGAUGAGAGUGCCAAUCUCCAAGAAUAUUAUGGCACUAUACUUAAAACAGUCCCCACAUUCAGAGGAAACUAUAAUGGUGUUCGUAUUUGGAGAUACACCAAUGAUACAGAUCCUCACAAGGCACUCUUUGCUGAGAUCAAGAAGCAAGUUCAAGAUCUAGAUUUUAAUGACGAUUAGGUAUUUAAUUUUACAGGAUCCCCAAUUUAAAUUUCAUCAGAAAUCACGUUUAAAUCAUUGAAUCUGACCGACAAAGACAUACUCGUUAUUGAAUUCCAAUAAUAUAACAGACCAUGGUGUAUCAGACAUCCCACUGUUCCUGUUGAAGGUAAAUGUGAAGGAUGUUGUAAUAUCACAGUACUUAAUUUCCCCUGUGUAUGCAAAAAGGUAUCCUAUUGUACAGAGCAAUGCAAAAUAAAUGAUGAGCGAUUUCACCUUGCAAAAUGUGAUCGUCUUGGGUCUGACGAUGAAUAAGUUAAAUCUAUGAAUUAUUCUGACAAUUCAAUCAAAGGAAUUGCUGGCCUUUCUAAUUUAGGUAACACUUGCUUCAUGAACAGUGGUACCCAAUGCUUAUCAAAUACUUAUCCACUAAAAGAAUACUUUAUAUCAAACAAGUAUUUUGAAGAAAUUAACGAAGAUAAUCCCUUAGGAACUAAUGGGUAACUAGUUAGAAAAUUCGGAUCACUUCUUAAAAAACUAUGGUGUGGUGAUAAAAAUGUUGUAAUUCCAACUAGUUUUAAAAAAGCUGUUGGUCAAUUCUAACCAAUGUUUAAGGGAUUUCAAUAACAUGAUUCAUCAGAAUUGAUAACAUUUUUAUUGGAUGGAUUGCAUGAAGAUUUAAAUAGAGUCAAAAAGAAACCUUAUGUGGAAUCGAAAGAUUAUCAAGGUAGACCUGAUGUUGAGGUAGCUAAAGAAAGUUGGGAAAACCAUUUGGCCAGAAAUCAAUCGAUAAUCGUUGAUUUAAUGCAUGGUUAAUAUAAAUCAACUUUGAAAUGUCCAACAUGUUAACAGAUUUCAAUUACUUUUGAUCCAUUUCUAACUGUUGGAUUGGGUAUACCAAAUAAGAAAUAAAAAUCCAUUUAAAUCAAAGUGAUAAAAUCAGUAGUUUCAAUAGAGACAAAGUAUAUAAAUUUCGAGAGUUCGAAGAAAACCAUUUCUUUACAAAAUUUUAUCGAGGAAUUUGUAGUUAGCGAUUUUAAGAUUGAACCUGAUAGUAAACUGCUGUAUUAUUCGUCCUUUAUGAAUGAUCUAUCAGAGCCAAUUAAUCCUUAAUAAGAGAUAAAUGUAGUGAGAAAGGACUCGAAGAAAGGAUACUUGGUAGUGAAGGUGUUGAAUUAGGAAGAAAAGGAUAUCACAGCAGGUGAUAGGAUAUAUAUGAGUUAUGCUCAAAAAGCAUAUGACUCUUAUGGACAUACAUUUAAAAAAAUAAUUCAGCCAACAACUUAUCAGUUAAUAAAAAGAAGUUACAGCUUAGCAUAGAUUCAUUUAAGUAUAUUUAAGAAUCUGUUGCCUAUAUUCUGCGAUCUUGUGAAGGAGAUUGAAUUGGACACAGAUGAGAAGUUGAGGAAUUUUUAUGAGGAAAGUGUUCAUGGAAAGUAUUACACCAUUCAUAAUAAGUAGAAUAUCAUGAUGAUGUCAAGGGAGUGCAUAUUUUGUAAUUCAGAAAAUUGUUAGGAAUGUGUACUCGAUUACGAUAAUCAGGAGACAUUAGAUAAGAUUUUUCAGAAUCAUAUGGAAUUUGAUUUAAUGUCAAAGAUUGAAUUGGUAGUGUUUUGGAAUAAGAGUCCAUUUUAAAACGUUAAUGCUGGGGACAUCUAUCAAUAUUACUCAAAUCAAUAAUAUAGGAAGCAGAUGGAAGAGAAUAAUAACAAUUCACUCCACGAGAACAACUAGAAAGGAAGAAUAAUUGGCAAAAAUUAUUCUAUGCCAAUGAUGAGUACAUAACCGAAAGUUUCACUUCAAGAUUGCUUGAGAUUUUCUGAACAGCCAGAGCAAUUGGCAGAAGACAAUGCCUGGUAUUGUAAAGUGUGCAAAGAACAUGUACAAGCUUAUAAGAGUAUGCAGAUUUAUAAGGCUUCAGACAUUCUGAUAUUCACUUUAAAGAGAUUCAAGGCAUCUCACGGGUUCUUCAAAUAGAAAUUGGAAACAUUUGUAGAGUUCCCAGUUUAAGGUUUGGAUUUGACAGAGUUCAUACUCAAUAAAAAUAAACCUAAUGAGAAUCAGAUUUAAGAGGAGUAGAAAAAAUUAAUAUAUGAUUUAUAUGCAGUGUCCAACCAUUUUGGUGGCAUGGGCGGUGGACAUUAUACAGCUUAUGCAAAGAAUCAUGAAAAUGGGAAGUGGUAUGAUUUUGAUGAUUCUUAAGCAAGUGAAAUAAACGAGGACCAGAUUGUGUCUUAGAGUGCUUAUGUUUUGUUUUAUAAGCGAAGAACUGAAGAAGAGUAAACUUAAGCGUUUAAUAAUACAUAGGAGUUAAAUUGA